AUGUCCGCUUCGCCUACCCAGCCCACCCAAUCGGCCAAGCGCCCCCUCGAGGAGGCUUCCUCCCCUUCGCGCGCCACUGACCAGCCUGAUGCCAAGCGACCCGCGCUCGACAAGGUCAUGAACCACGACGAUGACGUGGAGGUGCCUGAAGCUCCCGCCGAGCCAAUCGUCGACACUCAGGAGCAAAACGGCGAUGAUAAGACCAACGGCACCAAGUCUGAGCAAGGUGACGCCCCGGCGACUGAGGAGAUUUCUGAUAUCAAAGCUGCCGCCGCCGCCACCGUCGCCGCCUCAGCAUCAAACGCAGUCACCUCCGCUGCCGCCCACGACGAAACCUCUUGGAUCCAUAUCCGCGCCGUCAUCUCUAGCCCAGAGGCAGCGACCGUUAUCGGGAAGGGAGGCGAGAACGUCUCCAACAUCAGGAAGCUUUCCAACGCCAAGUGCACUGUCAGCGACUACCAGAAGGGAGCCGUUGAGCGUAUUCUAACCGUCAGCGGAAUAGUAGAUGCUGUGGCCAAGGCCUUCGGUUUGAUCAUUCGAACCCUCAACAACGAGCCGCUGAGCGAGUCCUCGACCGCUUCCUCCAAGACCUAUCCCCUGCGUCUGCUUAUCCCCCACAUCUUGAUUGGUUCCAUCAUUGGCAAGGGCGGAGCGCGCAUUCGCGAGAUCCAGGAAGCUUCAGGCGCGCGCCUCAAUGCGUCCGACUCCUGCCUUCCUAUGUCUAGCGAACGUUCUUUGGUAGUCAUGGGCGUCGCAGACGCCGUCCAUAUCGCCACUUACUACGUCGGCAGCACCCUACUGGAGCAGCUCAACGAUAGAUUCGGCGGUCCUGCUGCUUCCGCAUACGCAACCCGAAGUGGCGCCCCCGCUGGCUCCAUUCCUGGAGGGAUGCAAGUUGUUCCUUAUUGCCCCCAACCGGCGUCUGGACACUACGGCCGAGGCGAGAACUAUGGCCGUCACAGCGAGCGUCGCCCUCACCACCUGCCGCCUGCGCCUUACCCCCAGCAGUAUCCUCACGCUGCGGCCCAGGGAAAUCCCGUGAUGCCCAUGCAGUAUGGUGCGCAAGGAGCAGCAUAUGGUGCCGCCCCUCACAUCCAACCCCAUAUGGCACCGCACGCCGGCCCCCAGCCGCAUGGUGGUGCCCCUCAAGCGCAGCCUAUGGCAGGAGCGAUUCCCGGUGGCCCGAUUACGCAGCAGAUCUACAUCCCCAACGACAUGGUCGGUGCCAUUAUUGGCAAGGGUGGACAAAAGAUCAACGAGAUACGCCAGAUGAGCAACAGCGUGAUCAAGAUUAACGAGCCGCAGGAUAACAGCAACGAGCGGUUGGUCACUAUUACUGGAACGGAAGAGGCCAACCGCAUGGCGCUAUACAUGCUCUACUCUCGACUUGGUGAGGUGCAAAACAAAACCAGCAGUAACUGA